UCUCCAGCCCACUUACCCCCGGCCCACGGUACUGGAGGCGGCGGCGGUGGUUCGAGACCACACGGCCCCACCACGGCUCAGCCAGCCUCCUCCACCACACCCGCCGCCGUGGAAGGAGACCGGCGGCUGGCCCCCACCGCUUCCGGGUUCGGAGGCAGUAGGCUCCGCUGCUGCCAUGCUCUCCAGGAUCUCUCAGCUCGGGGCGCGGCUCCUGCGCGAGACCAGAGCUGCAGGAAACUUGACAACCAAUAGUGGCAAUUACUACCAAGGUCAAGUCAGCCGGCAUUCAGCCCCAGCGAAGAGCAUCCUCUUCUCCACCGCAACAAGUAGUCAUCAUGAUGAAGGCGGUGAGGACAAGGAGAAAAUCUCUGUAACAUUUGUGAACAAGGAUGGCACUGAGAAGACGAUAAGUGUUCCUGUCGGAAUGUCCAUGUUAGAAGCUGCUCAUGAAAAUGACAUAGAACUUGAAGGAGCAUGUGAAGGGUCGCUCGCAUGUUCCACUUGUCAUGUCAUAGUUAUGGAUGUAAAGGACUAUAACAAGCUAGAGGAUCCAACAGAUGAAGAAAAUGAUAUGCUUGACCUUGCAUUUGGGCUGACAGAAACGUCUCGUCUUGGCUGCCAAGUAAUAGCGAAGCCCGAACUCGACGGCGUCCGGCUAGCGUUACCUGCCGCUACACGAAACUUCGCGGUAGAUGGGUUCGUGCCAAAGCCACACUGAAGACAGCCAUCAGUUUUGUACCUUAGCAUCAUCAUGUAACUUCGCUACUGUAUCGUCUCUGAGAGCCCCCGUGCCCUCGGACUUGGAUCUGUCCUCAUUUUAUGAGCUCCUUGGUCAGUGCAAGAUCAUCAGUGUGUAGUACAACUGGCAGUGGGUGAAUACUGAAUAAACAAUUAAUGUUUGUGACACCCCGUGGGCGAUAUUAUUUGGAGGGGAAGAAAUAAAAGCUUGCUCCGUAGAGGUUCUAUUA